UCGACUUCUCUGUCUUUCCUGCCCAAUGUCCCACCGAGUAGGCUGAACCACGUGUACGCGAUAGCUAUUUUGUUACUUGUUUCUCAAACGUCCAGUUCUUUUGUGUUUCGUUGAAACACACAACAAGCACCAUGGUGAAAUUAGCGAAGGCAGCCAACAAGCAGGCAACUCAGAAGAAAAAGGCCCCUCCACCCCCCAAAGAAGUGGAGGAGGAAUCAAGUGAAGAGGAGAGCAGUGAGGAGGAGGAGACUCCGCCCCCUAAAGUGGGGAAGAAAGCCACACCAGCUAAAGCUGCCCCAGUUGUUAAAAAUGGUGCUGCUGCCAAAAAAGCAGAAAGUGAGGAGGAUGACGACGAUUCAGAGGAGUCUGAAGAGGAAGCCCCCCCACCAAAAAAGACCCCCGCAAAGGCUAAAACCACACCAGCCAAGGCAGCUCCUGCAAAGGCAGAGGAGUCAGAUGAUGAGGAUGAUGAUGAAGAGUCUGAAGAAGAGGCCCCACCACCCAAGAAAGCAGCUAAACCUGCUGCCAAGCCCCCAGUGAAGGCCAAACCGGCAAAGGAGUCCUCUGAUGAGGAAGAAUCAGAAGAAGAGGCUGCACCUCCCAAGAAGGCCGCUCCAGCCAAACCAGCUGCAAAGGCUGCCAAAGAGGAGUCUGAUGACGAUGAUGAGGAAGAUGACUCCGAGGAAGAGAUGGACACCGCUCCUGCUCCAGCAAAGGCAAAGAAAGCAGGCAUGGUCAAGGCCAAGGAAGACUCUGAGGAGGAGGAGGAUGAUGAAGAUGACGAUGAGGAGGACGAUGAUGACGAGGAUGCCCCAGUUACACCUGCAAAGAGGAAGGCAGAGGGCAAGAAGGACACACCUGCCGCCAAGAAAGCAAAGGCAGAAGGCGAAGGGUUCUGUCUAUUUGUUGGAAACUUGAACUCCAACAAAGACUUUGACGAAAUCAAAGAUUCCCUGAGGAAAUUCUUCACCAAAAACAGUCUUGAGGUCGCUGAUGUCCGGUUGGGUGGAUCCAAGAAAUUUGGUUAUGUGGAAUUUGCAUCUGAAGAGGACAUUCAGAAGGCACUGGAGCUCAACGGCAAGAAGGUCAUGGGUCAGGAGUUGAAGUUGGACCGUGCCCGAAGCAAGGAGACUUCACAGGAUGGCAAGAAAGAGAGGGAUGCACGGACACUGUUUGUGAAAAACCUCCCCUUCUCUGCCACGGCUGACGACUUGAAGGAAGUCUUUGAAGAUGCAGUUGAUGUCAGGUUACCUCAAGGCCAGAAUCCAGGUUCAAAUAGGGGCAUUGCCUACAUCGAGUUCAAAUCUGAGGCUGAAGCAGAGAAGAUGCUGGAGGAGGCUCAGGGAGCUGAUGUACAGGGGAGGUCCAUCAUGGUCGACUAUGUUGGAGAUAAGAGCCAGAAAGGGGCCAUGGCAGCAGGAGGAGCCAGUGCAGCCAGUAAAACACUGGUGGUGAACAAUCUCUCCUUCACAGCCACAGAGGAAGCCCUACAAGCCACAUUUGAGAAGGCCGUCUCUAUUAGGAUUCCACAGAGAGAUGGCAGACCUAAAGGUUUUGCUUUUGUAGAGUUCGAGAGUACAGAGGAGGCCAAGGAUGCUCUGGAAAACCUCAACAACACAGAUAUUGACGGCCGGUCGAUCCGACUGGAGUACAGUCAGAACACUGGCAGAGACGGGGGCAGAGGAAACUCGGGUCCAACAAAAACCCUCUUCGUCAAGGGACUCUCCGAGGACACAACAGAUCAGAGCCUCAAGGAUGCGUUUGAUGGCGCCGCAGCAGCCAGAAUAGUCAUGGACAGAGACACAGGGUCAUCAAAAUGUUUUGGCUUUGUGGACUUUCACAAUGAGGACGACUGCAAGGCAGCCAAGGAGGCCAUGGAUGACGGCGAGAUUGAUGGCAGCAAGGUCACCCUCGACUACGCCAAGCCCAAGGGUGAAGGCGGUUUCCGCGGAGGUCGCGGCGGUGGUGGAUUUGGCGGCGGUCGCGGCGGCAGAGGAGGCCGUGGAGGUUUCGGUGGUGGUUUCGGCGGCGGCUUCGGUGGUGGUCGUGGAGGUGGCGGCAGAGGAAGAGGAGGCCCCCGUGGAGGUGGACGUGGACGUGGUGGCUUUGGAGGUGGACGAGGUGGCGGUGGAUUUGGAGCCAAACCCCAGGGGAAGAAAAUUAAGUUUGAUGACUAAAUCCUUAGUCUAUUUUACUUUUUUGAAUGGACUCUGGUUUCAUCACUUUUCAGAGCUUUUGGACAUUCCAGAAAGCGUCAUUGAUAUAUAUUUAACUGUUAACGGGCAUUUUAGCCCUUUAUUUAGACCCCUCAAAACCUUCCCCACCCUUGUGUGCCAGAAUGGUACUUUUGACCUUCUCAGCUCAAGAGCUUUGUGUGAGUACUGAAUGUCCCGAAUGCAAACCUGCACCUCGCGCCCUCAUUAGCUUACUUGUUUUUCCGAAGGAGUAAAAUGGAACGGGUCUGGCAAACGAGUUUGCUGUGAAAAAUACGCUUGUCUUUGUCAGAUACAUUGUGUAAAUUUAAACAGUUUGUAUGAUUUUCAUUUUACCUUUUGUAAAAAAAAGAAGUUUCACUUGUAUCCAUAUGUUUUUGUUUUUAUUUUUGUCAUUUAGUUUGCUUUAUUUGCCAAGUUUUACUGUAAUGUGCAAAGCAUAUUUUGAUAGCAGAUUUGAGUCGGUGCUCAAGAGUUGGGUGUUAAGAAAAUGGCAAAGAUGUUCUGUCAUGUUUAUUUGGUGGGGCCCAGUCAAUGUCUGAGUCACGGAGGAUGGAAAACCUCUAGUCUAUGUAACAUAAAAUAUUUGUAGUGCAUUGACUAAUUUUUUUCCCCAUCUGAGAAUCUCCAGAUUUUCUCGUGAUUAAAUAAAACCUUGUAGGUGGUGAUUUUUAAA